UUGGUCUGGAGCAGCUGAAACCGGUUUGAGCGGAGCUGCUUCCUGCCGCUCGGCGCCGCCGCGGGCCGCCUGGGGGAGCGCUGGCGAGGCGCGGACGGCGGGCGCCCAGCAUCUCGGCCCGCGGCCCUCGCUCUCGGGCGCGGCGGUGGCGGCAGCGCGGACCCGCAGACCCAGCAGCACGACAUCCUAAUAUAAAACCAUCAGAAUGACACCUUCUCAGGUUACCUUUGAAAUAAGAGGAACUCUUUUGCCAGGAGAAGUUUUUGCAAUAUGUGGAAGCUGUGAUGCUUUGGGAAACUGGAGUUCUCAAAAUGCUGUGGCUCUUCUUCCAGAGAAUGAGAUAGGCGAAAGCAUGCUAUGGAAAGCAACCAUUGUACUCAGUAGAGGAGUAUCAGUUCAGUAUCGCUACUUCAAAGGGUACUUUUUAGAACCAAAGACUAUCGGUGGUCCAUGUCAAGUCAUAGUUCACAAGUGGGAGACUCAUCUACAACCACGAUCAAUAACCCCUUUAGAAAAUGAAAUUACAAUUGACGAUGGACAAUUUGGAAUCCACAAUGGUGUUGAAACUCUGGAUUCUGGAUGGCUGACAUGUCAGACUGAAAUAAGAUUACGCUUGCAUUAUUCUGAAAAACCUCCUGUGUCAAUAACAAAGAAAAAAUUUAAAAAAUCUAGAUUUAGGGUAAAGCUGACACUAGAGGGUUUGGAAGAAGAUGAUGACGAUAGGGUGUCUCCCACUGUUCUUCACAAAAUGUCUAAUAGCCUGGAGAUAUCCCUAAUAAGCGACCAUGAGUUCAAGUGCAGGCAUUCGCAGCCAGAGUGUGGUUACGGCCUGCAGCCUGAUCGCUGGACAGAGUACAGCAUACAGACAAUGGAACCCGACAACCUGGAGCUAAUCUUUGAUUUUUUUGAGGAAGAUCUCGGUGAACAUGUUGUUCAAGGUGAUGCCCUUCCUGGACAUGUAGGUGCAGCAUGCCUCUUGUCAUCCACUAUUGCUGAGAGUGGGAAGAGUGCUGGAAUACUUACUCUUCCCAUCAUGAGCAGAAAUUCCAGGAAAACAAUAGGCAAAGUGAGAGUUGACUAUAUAAUUAUUAAGCCAUUACCAGGAUACAAUUGUGACAUGAAAUUUUCAUAUUCCAAGUAUUGGAAGCCAAGAACACCAUUGGAUGUUGGCCAUCGAGGUGCAGGGAACUCUACAACAACUGCCCAGCUGGCUAAGGUUCAAGAAAAUACUAUUGCUUCUUUAAGAAAUGCUGCUAGUCAUGGUGCAGCCUUUGUCGAAUUUGAUGUCCACCUUUCUAAGGACUUCGUGCCUGUGGUAUAUCAUGAUCUCACCUGUUGUUUGACUAUGAAAAAGAAAUUUGAUGCUGAUCCAGCUGAAUUAUUUGAAAUUCCAGUAAAGGAAUUAACAUUUGACCAACUCCAGUUGUUAAAGCUUGCUCAUGUGACCGCGCUAAAAUCUAAAGAUCGGAAAGAAUCUGUGGUUCAGGAGGAAAAUUCCUUUUCUGAAAAUCAGCCAUUUCCUUCUCUUAAGAUGGUUUUAGAGGCUUUGCCAGAAGAUGUAGGAUUUAAUAUAGAAAUAAAGUGGAUCUGCCAACAAAGGGAUGGAAUGUGGGAUGGUAACUUAUCAACAUAUUUUGACAUGAAUCUGUUUUUGGAUAUAAUUUUAAAAACUGUUUUAGAAAACUCUGGGAAGAGGAGAAUAGUGUUUUCUUCAUUUGAUGCAGAUAUUUGCACAAUGGUUCGGCAAAAGCAGAACAAAUACCCCAUAUUAUUUUUGACUCAAGGAAAAUCUGAUAUUUACCCUGAACUCAUGGACCUCAGAUCUCGGACAACCCCCAUAGCAAUGAGCUUUGCACAGUUUGAAAAUCUAUUGGGAAUAAAUGCACAUACUGAAGACCUGCUCAGAAAUCCAUCCUAUAUUCAAGAAGCAAAAGCUAAGGGGCUAGUCAUAUUCUGCUGGGGUGAUGAUACCAAUGAUCCUGAAAACAGACGGAAAUUGAAGGAAUUUGGAGUUAAUGGUCUGAUUUAUGAUAGGAUAUAUGAUUGGAUGCCUGAACAGCCAAAUAUAUUCCAAGUGGAGCAGUUGGAACGCCUGAAGCAAGAAUUGCCAGAGCUUAAGAGCUGUUUAUGUCCCACUGUUAGCCGCUUUGCUCCCUCCUCCUUGUGUGGGGACCCUGAUAUCCAUGUGGAUGCCAAUGGCAUUGAUAACGUGGAGAAUGCUUAGUUUUUAUUGCACAGAGGCCAUUUGGGGGCAUGCAGCACUGGUCUGGGUAUUCAUUUUUCAUCAUUGAGCAUUGUAUAUCUAUGCCUUUUGGGUUUCUCAGUUCAAUGAAGCAAUAAUGAAGUAUUUUACUCUUUCACUACAGUACUUGCAAGAAUUUCAAGUAUGCUAUUUAAAUCACUUGGCCAGGUAUAAUUUCCAGUCAGUCUCUUUACAGUGAGAAAAUCUAUUGAUUAGUAAAUACUUUAAAUGGAUAUGUAAAUCUAUAAUGUUAAACAAAUGUUCAUUUAAAACAUAGCACUUUGCAAUUAACUAUAUAAAUAGCUCAUAUUUACACUUCUUAGAGCUUUUCAUUUAAUCAGGUCUGAAAUCUUUAGCACUUGAGGAAAAUGACUAUGCAUAAUUAUACCUGACCAUGGAAAAAUAAGUACCUCAAAUGCAUGCAUUUGCACUGGUGAUUCCAACUGCACAAAUCUUUGUGCCAUCUGUGUGUAUCAGUAUUUUUUACACGGACUGAUGUGCACACGUACCAUUUUCAUUCAGGAUGAGCCUUGAGGCUGCUGCCAUUUUUCCACUUGACCAAACCAGCCUGGAGGUGAACCUUAAAACUUGUUUCCUAAAUCUUUCAGAAGUUGUUUCACAUAAUGCUGCAGGGUAAUUUAAUGUGUAAAAUAUUAGUAAGAAGUAUGUAUUGCAUACUGAGUAGCGUAGAUCACAGCAUAUAAAUAAAAUUCAGUGCAUGCUUUGGGUUUUAAGCAUGAGAUUGUACACGUUUACUGCUAAGUCCUUGCAUCUGUGGUGCUAGGUGAGUGUGAGAAGAUGUUGAGGACUGCAAAUAUUUUGUUGCCUAAAAAAAAAAGCCUAUAGGCAUUUUAAAUAUGCUUAAGUGUCUCACUACCUAUUACACACCGUUGCUUUGUGGGUUUGUUUUGUAUGUGUUGUACAGUAGUUAUAUCUCCAUGAAGAAAAAUAAAUGUCCUGAAUUCUCAUAUUGGUAUUCUUUAUUGGUUAAUGUAUAUCAUGCAUGUAAUUUAUUUAGAAAUGUAGAUCUUACUAAAUACAUAUGCAUGUUUUGAAGGAUUAAACUAAGAUUUCUUUCAUUAGAGGCAGAUUGUGUUCACAUAACUGUAACUUAAGAAUGAAUGUUAAAUAAAAUAAUACACAUUUAUUUUCUUCAUUA